UCCCCAUACCAGAGCAGAGACGCUCAUGAGUUCGAGUAUAUAAGAUGCAGUCGAUCUGCAUCAUAGGUUGUUUAGCUUCUCCUUAACUCACAGCAAACAGCUUCAGCAUCUUCACCUCGCAUCCACAGCCGCUUCCUCAGAUCGACUCUGACUUCUCAGAAACAGCAGCAGCAACUCAACAUUACAUCUUCCACAUCCAUCUCCCCAAAUCAAACCUCAAGUCCUACCAAAACCGCCAAAAUGGUCGCCAUCACCAACAUCCUCCUCCCCGUCCUCACCGUCUUCGCCACCGCCGCCACCGCCGCGACCUACAACGGCGAGGCGACCUGGUACAACCCCGGCCUCGGCGCGUGCGGCAAGACCCACGGCGCCAACGACCUCGUGGCCGCCGUGUCCGCGCAGCUCUUCACCUCGUCCAACCCCAACAACGACCCCGUGUGCGGCAAGAAGGCCAAGAUCACCCGCGGCAACAAGUCGGUCACCGUCACCGUCGUCGACAAGUGCCCGGAAUGCCCCAAGGCCAACAUCGACCUGUCCCCCGCGGCGUUCAAGAAGCUCGGCACCCUGGCCGAGGGCCGCAUCAAGGUCAAGUGGGUCCUCUAGAGUGAUUUUCUCUUUGGGGAAACCAUUCGGAAG